AUGCCCGAGAAGCAGGCCUCAGAAAGCGGCGAGGAUGCCAGCUUGAGAUAUGCCUCAUCAGAAGUGGUGCUAAUUCCUCAGCCGACCGAUGAUCCAGCCGAUCCGCUCAAUUGGCCAAUGUCGAAAAAGGUCUUUAACUUGGGCCUAAUAUCGUUCGCUGCGCUCAUUGGAGUUGCACAGGCCCUGGCAAAUCAAUCUGGGUUCUUUGUGCAGGCUGCACUUUACCAAAAGAGCGCGACACAAUUGACCUACUCGGUAUCUGCAGCGAUUGCUGGCCUGGCAUCAGGUCCAUUUAUGUGGUCCAUACUCGCGCAACGAAUUGGUCGCAGCUCCUGUAUCUUUUUGGGGUUGCUCUUGACAAUGGCUUGCGGAAUCUGGUCUGCUGAGAUGACCGAUCCCGACCAGUAUAUCGCAUUUGUGAUAUCCAGAUGGCUUGGUGGUACUUUUGGGUCUGUAGCUUGCACAAUCGGAGCAGGAAUGGUGCUGGAUAUGUUUUACCUUCACCAACGUGGCAAGGCCUUUGCAUGUUACGCGCUGUGUACGCUUUUUGGGACUCAACUUGGACCGACUUUGAGUGGGUUCAUCAUCGCGAGAACAACCUGGCCUGUCCAAUUCUGGUGGACCGUCGGCUUAGAAGGGGCAAUGGCCGUUUUGGUCUUUCUCUUCCUAGAGGAGACAGGCUUUUCCCGUGAUGGAAAGGUAUACCCGAGCCGUCCUGAGCCUUGGUUCCAAAACCGAAUCGCCACGUUCUUUCCCGGCACUGCUGUGGUACCGCACAGCAAGGAGCAUGGGCGGCGGUCCUCACUAGACUUGCUACUGGUGGCACUUUGCCCUGUCACGCUAAUCGCUGGCUUAUUCCUCUUCAUAGCCUUUGGCUGGGCCGUGGCGGUAACGACGCUGCUCUCUGUGUUCUUGGAGGGCCCUGUCACAACAGGCGGAUAUGGCUUCUCCGGUAUCCAAAUGUCAUGCUUCUACUUUGUGCAAUGGGUCUCAAUCGCCGUGGCUGAGAUUUAUGGGAUAUUUUUGAAUGAUCGCAUUCCGCUCUGGUACACACGUCGAUAUCACAAGGGAGUAUGGAAGCCAGAGCACAGACUAUAUCCCCUCCUGGUCCUUCCAGCACUGCUUCUCCCGAUCGGACUGGGUUUGUUUGGCGCUGGUUUGCAGUACCACCUUCACUACAUGGUCUUAGCAUUGGGUCAAUUCUUGCUGAACUUCAGCGAGAUUGCGAUUGUGCCAGUGAUCUUCACCUAUGUCGCGGAAUGCUUCAUCGAUCAUGGACCGGAGGUGGUGACAGUUUUGAAUUGUUGGCGUUUAAUUUUAGGCCUGACGGUUCCGUUUUUCAUCACUGCAUGGGAAGGACGAGUUGGCGCGGGAUGGGUGUUUGGCAUGAUGGCAUUCUUCAGCAUUUUCGCCUUCUCGCUGACGGGAUUAUUGGCCUGGAGAGGUCCAUCUAUUCGGGGUUACUCGGUUGCUAGGCUGAGAAAGUCGGAGGAUGGAACCCAAGUGAUCGACCAACGAUGA